UCGAUAACAAAUCGGCUAGACUUGUUGAUGUUUCCUAGUAGGAAAUUCCUCCGCUUCCAAUUUUAGUUAUUUGUCUUCAAAUGUUUUUUUGUUUCAUAUUCUAAACUGGUUGCUUGGAAAGAUUGCUAGAUUGUCCAUCAUUCCGAAUCGUGCCUAAUCAGGUGUCCGGCUGCCACGCUCCGAAUUGCCUUGAAAUUCAACAUGAAUGUUUGUCGCCUGUGCUUGUCGAAGGAACCCAAUUUCCCCGUUUUCGGUGCAAAUGGAUCGACUGCUCUGCAGAUAAUGGUCUGCACAUCGCUGGAGAUCGAGCCCGGCGACGGUCUGCCACAGCACAUAUGCACCAUGUGUCGGCUGCAACUGGAGGAGAUGCACUGCUUCCGACGACGCUGCCUCGCAGCCGAUCGCAAAUUGAGGCGCCACAAGGCGUUGCAGCGGCAGGGUGUCAAGUCGCAGCUGAGUGAAGUGGAGGAGGAGCGGGGCUCCGGGGAAGGAUGCACGCAAACUGGCUGCGCCGAGAACAAUGCCCAGUGGCGCCAGCAGGCCGCCCAGCUCAUUAGCAGCGAGAUCGACGCGUAUAAAAAGGAGCUGCUCAGCACUUGCAAGCAAGCUGUGCGGGCGGAAAUCGAGCUGGAGCUGCGGGCGGAACUCGAAGAGGUCAUCAUACCCGAAGCCAAGCAGCAGUUGCGACUGAGCGUUCUGGACGACGUGUUUGUCGAACUGGAACGGUACUUUGUGCGCAAGCGCAAUGAGGCGACCUAUGAGAUGAAGAUGAACUUAAGCAGUCCGCUGCCUGACGAACAGACCGCUGGCUUCUACGAAACAGACAUGGGCCAGGAGCUAAGGGAGCAGAGCGAUAACAGCGUGGUGGAGUUACUGGACGAUGAACCAGAAGCCAGCAGACAGCCAGCUGCAACGCCACUAGUUGCUGUGCCCAUGGUUGAGAUCAACAUGAACGACCCGCAGCUGAGUCAUCUGCGCAACGACUAUAGCAAGGACACCUUUCUGGGUGCCAACACAACUGCCUUAGAGGAUGUAAAAACCCCAUCGCCGUGUCGAAAGAAAGUGCGCUUUAUGAGCCCCAAGCAGACGACCGAUAACCUGUGCCGAAAGCACAGUUCCUUCAAGACAAAAUGCAGCAGUUCGUACGCCGAUUUCAAAAGUUGUGUGCGCUGUCGUCUAAGAGGAGCGGAUAAGCUAAAUAACACCGUGACGUAGCCACGUAACAACGAAUUUAGUUUAAUCCUCUAUAUUAUAAGAAUAGUACCUUUUUUUGUGCACGCAUAUUUGACUAAGCCAUCACCUAUUUUAAUUGUCAUUGUAUUCUAUUAAACUUUAAAUAUGC